CCAAUUCAGAUCCAGGGACAAAGGUCGCCUGCCAGGGGAGUACAGGACAGGAGCGCCCUGCAGCUCCACUCUGCUGUCAGCCGGCCACACCUGACACACAGAUUUCCAGGUGACGUCUGAUCUUAUAGUAUUCCACCAUGCCUGAACUCACGGAAAAAGUAACCAAGUCUCUGAAUAAAACCACCCCAGGACUGCAGAUAUGGAGGAUAGAGAACAUGGAUAUGGUUCCAGUCCCGGAGAAGACCUUUGGGAACUUCUUUGAAGGAGACUGUUAUAUACUGCUGAUGACACACAAGGUGAGCAACAACUUCACCUACGACGUCCACUUCUGGAUUGGGAACAACUCCUCCGUAGACGAGCAAGGAGCAGCCGCCAUUUACUCUGUGCAGAUGGAUGAUCACCUGGGGGGUGUGGCCGUGCAGCACCGCGAGGUUCAGGGAUAUGAGAGCGACACAUUCAAGGGCUACUUCAAGCAGGGCAUAGUAUAUAAAAAUGGAGGGGUAGCAUCAGGAAUGAAGCAGGUAGAGACAAACUCCUACAACGUUAAACGUCUCCUGCACGUCAAGGGGAAGAAGAAUGUCUUAGCUGGAGAGGUGCCUUUUGACUGGAACAGCUUCAAUACCGGAGACGUCUUCUUGGUGGACCUGGGAAAGUUGAUCAUCCAAUGGAACGGACCUGACAGCAACAGAAUGGAGAGACUGAGGGGGAUGAACCUGGCAAAAGACAUCCGCGACCGGGAGCGCGGUGGACGUACUCACGUUUAUGUGGUGGAAGGAGAGGAUGAAGAAGCAACACCUAAGCUGAUGCAAAUCCUGGAAAAUGAACAAGUAUUAGGACAGAAAAAGUCGAUUAAACCUCCCAUAGCUGAUGAUGUGGUGGACUCUGUCGCCAAGUCCUCUCUCAAGUUAUAUCAGGUAUCCGAUCAGAACGGGAACCUGAUGGUCCAGGAAGUGGCUACUCAGCCUUUGACUAAAGACUUGUUGGGUCAUGAAGACUGUUAUAUCUUGGAUCAAGGAGGAAUAAAGGUCUUUGUGUGGAAAGGAAAAAACGCUUCAAAAGAGGAGAGAUCGCAAGCCAUGCCACGUGCCAUGAAUUAUAUCAAAGCGAAGAACUACCCCAAUUCCACCAACGUGGCGUUAGAAAAUGACGGCUCCGAGUCCGCUGUGUUCAAGCAACUCUUCCAAAAGUGGCCUACAAAAAACGAGACUGUCGGUGUGGGGAAGACACAUACUCUUGGUAAAAUAGCCAAAGUGGAGCAAGUGAAGUUUGACGCCACACUCAUGCACGCCAAACCAGAGGUAGCAGCGCACAACAAGAUGGUCGAUGACGGAUCGGGAGAAGCGGAGGUCUGGAGAAUUGAGAAUUUGGAACUGGUACCAGUAGAGAAACAAUGGUUGGGACAUUUCUACGGUGGAGACUGUUACCUCAUUCUGUACAAGUAUCUCGUCAGUACCAAGUACCAUUACAUCCUCUACGUCUGGCAGGGUCGCCAUGCCAGUCAAGAUGAAAUUGCCUCAUCAGCCUACCAGUCUGUGAUCCUGGACCAGCAAUAUGGAGGGGAGCCUGUUCAAGUGCGCGUGACCAUGGGCAAAGAACCCCCCCACCUUAUGGCUAUAUUUAAAGGGAAGAUGGUGGUGUACGAGGGUGGUACCUCCCGAGCAGACAGUGAUGAGACCCCCCCUGAGAUCAGGCUCUUUCAUGUAUAUGGAACCAAUGAGUACAACACCAAGGCUUUUGAAGUACCCGUGCGGGCCUCGUCCCUCAACUCUAAUGAUGUGUUUGUGCUGAAGACAAAGGGAGCCUGUUAUAUCUGGUGUGGAAAGGGCUGCAGCGGUGAUGAGAGAGACAUGGCUAAGAAUGUAGCUGACCUGAUCUCCAGGGGGGAGAAGGUGGUCGUGGCUGAAGGCCAGGAACCAUCGGAGUUCUGGUUGGCAUUGGGAGGCAAAUGUCAGUAUGCCAACACCAAAAGAUUGCAGGAGGAAACCCUGGACAUUCAGCCCCGCCUCUUUGAAUGCUCCAACAAGACAGGAAACUUUAUUGCAGAUGAAAUCACAGAUUUUAACCAAGAUGAUUUGUUUGAAGAUGAUGUCUUCUUAUUGGAUGCCUGGGAUCAGGUCUUCUUGUGGAUCGGAAGAGGUGCGAAUGAUGCAGAGAAGGCACAAGUUGCCGUAACGGCUCAGGAAUACCUGAAGACUCACCCUGGAGGGCGUGACCUCAGCACCCCCAUCGUCAUCGUGAAGCAAGGGUUUGAACCCCCCACUUUCACUGGCUGGUUCCAUGCCUGGGAUCCAUUCAAGUGGGAGAACACAAAAUCUUAUGAACAACUGAAAGCCGAACUGGGUGACACAGACACAAUUGACGGGGUCUCCUCAGAUUAUUCAAGCAGCAUACUGGAUUCAUUCACUGCCCAGACAAACUUGGGCUCUCUCGUUCUCACCACAUACCCAGCUGAUGCCCUGGUAAAUAAGAAUCCAGACGAGCUGCCGCCUGGAGUGGACCCCACCAGGAAAGAGGACUAUCUCGCCGACGAGGAUUUCCAAAGAAUAUUAGGAGUCUCACUAUCAGAAUUCAAGGCUUUACCUGAAUGGAAAAAGCAAAAUCUCAAGAAAGCUAAUGGACUCUUUUGAUCAAACCAUGGCCUUUUCACUUUUUUUUGUAUCAUAUUUGCUCCAUCUGCUACCUAACAACAGCAGGAACAAUCAGUCUACAAAAUCAAGUCCUCCAGAUCCAGGCUUAUUAGAAUGUGCACAGAUAAACAUGCAGUGUUUUUACAGAAAGAUAAAUAAAAAAUUGUAUUGUACUAAAAAAAAAAAAAA